AGAUGGUGAUGUUGCCUGUUUGGGCACCACUGUGGUUGUCAGACGCGUUUCAGUCUCGCUGACCUGCAGGCAGCUGCUGCUCGUCACUGAAAGCUGUGCGCUGCAGCGUUUCCACUUCUAAAGUAUCGCUGGAGAUCAGAGCCGAGAUUAGUGUUUUUCACAGAUACGACCUGUUCUCGUUAAUAAGGCUGAUCGUUAUCAGGUGUUAGAUAUUCUAAAACAUAAUCUGCAACCCCUCGCACAUCAUCCUGGAGCUGCGGAUACUGCACGGGUCAGACACAGUAGCCUGCAGCAGUCUUACGGAGUAGCACAGCGCUUCAGAGGCUCAAACCUCAAGGUUAGGAAGUGAGAACAAUCAGCAGAGGUCAAGUUUGGACCAGAUGAUCCUUUGCCCUGACUACUGCAAAUAACUAACUCUCCUGGAUUAGAAAUCCCCACUCUCGAAAGUGCCUACAGCAUCCAGCUAGCAGUAAAGAAGACUAAUGCUCAUGAACCUUCCCUCCAAGCCUUUCUCCAGAACACUGCCUCUCAUCUAAGCUUUGCGUGAGCUGCGAGAGCAGACAACAUGGCGCUUAGCUCGCAGCCGUGGCCUCCUCUGCUUUGGCUGUGCAUGGAAUUGCUUCUUUCCUUUCUCUCGCCCAUACAUGGCAAAGAAUGUCCACAUUUGUGUGUAUGCGAGAUCCGCCCUUGGUUCACUCCCCAGUCGACCUACAAGGAGGCUGCCACGGUGGACUGCAAUGACUUGAGGCUCACCCACAUUCCUACCAACCUGUCCGCAGAUACUCAAGUGUUACUGCUCCAAAGUAACGCCAUCUCUCACACCAGUGGAGAGCUGGAGGCGCUGUUCAACUUGACAGAGUUGGACCUAUCCCAGAACAACUUUAGCAAUGUGGAAGCUGUGGGCCUCACAAGCAUGAUCAACCUGACCACCCUGCAUCUAGAGGAGAACCAGAUCAGCCAGCUACCAGACCACUGCCUGGGAAACCUCUCCAAUCUCCAGGAGCUCUACAUCAACCACAACCAGAUAAGCUCCAUCUCCCCUCGGGCAUUUGCAGGCCUGCACAGUCUGCUGCGCCUUCAUCUUAACUCCAACAGACUCCAUGUCAUAGACAGCCGCUGGUUUGAAGAAACACCUAACCUUGAGAUCCUUAUGAUCGGGGAGAACCCAGUUAUUGGCCUCUUAGACAUGAACUUUAAGCCUCUAGGAAGCCUGAGGAGUCUGGUCCUGGCUGGCAUGGACCUCACUGAUGUACCAGCGAAUGCUUUUGUAGGUUUGGACAACCUUGAAAGCAUUUCUUUCUAUGACAACAAAUUGGUCAGAAUCCCUCAACUGGCCCUUCAAAAAGUUCCCAAUCUGAAAUUCUUGGAUUUAAACAAAAAUCCAGUUCACAAAAUCCAGGAAGGAGAUUUCAGGAACAUGUUACAUCUGAAGGAGCUGGGCAUCAACAAUAUGAUGGAGUUAGUGUCAGUUGACCGCUACGCUCUGGACAACCUACCAGAGCUGACAAAGCUGGAGGCUACUAACAACCCUAAGUUGUCCUAUGUGCAUAGGUUAGCCUUCAGGGACAUGCCCUUCUUGGAGAGCCUGAUGCUCAACAAUAAUGCUCUCACUGCCCUUUACCAGCACACUGUGGAGGCGUUGCCUAAUCUCCGGGAGAUCAGUCUGCAUAGCAACCCAUUGCGUUGUGACUGUGUCAUUCAGUGGAUGAGCUCCAACAGGACCACCGUGCGCUUCAUGGAGCCCCUGGCCAUGCUCUGCACCUCCCCACCAGAACUCCGAGGCCAGCGGGUUCGAGAGCUAAGGCUGCUGGAGUCCCCGGAGCAAUGCCUGCCCCUCAUAUCCCACAACACAUUCCCCAGCCACUUGAACCUUGAGUUGGGCAUGAGUGUCAGUCUCGACUGCAGGGCCAUGGCAGAGCCAGAGCCUGAGAUCUACUGGGUGACUCCUCUUGGGACCAAAAUCACAAUAGACACUGUGUCAGAGCGGCACCACUUGAACAAUGAGGGGACAUUGCGGCUGUCUCAUGUUCAGGUGGAGGAUUCUGGUCGUUACACCUGUGUGGCCCAGAACACAGAAGGAGCUGACACACGGGUCGCCACCAUCCGUGUAAAUGGCACCUUGCUUGACAGCGCCCAGGUCAUGAAAAUCUACGUCAAGCAGACCGAGUCACACUCCAUCCUGGUCUCCUGGAAAAUCAAUUAUAAUGUUAUGUCCUCCAACCUGAAGUGGGCCUCAGCCACCAUGAAGAUAGACAACCCGCACAUCACCUACACAGCACGGGUCCCUGUAGACGUUCACGAGUACAACCUCACACACCUUCAACCUGGCACUGAGUAUGAGGUUUGCCUCACAGUCUCCAACGUCCACCUGCAGACACACAAGUCCUGUGUUAACGUGACAACACGUAGUGCUACCUUCGCCCUGGACCUGUCAGACCAGCACCCGAGUGCGGCUGUGCUGGCUGUAAUGGCAACCAUGCUGGCCUUUCUCAGUCUGGCCACUGUGGCCGUCUACGUUGCUCGCAGAUGGAAGAGAAAAAAUUACCACCACUCGCUGAAGAAAUACAUGCUGAAGACUUCCUCCAUCCCCCUGAACGAGCUUUACCCUCCGCUCAUCAACCUGUGGGAGGCUGAUGGUGAGAAGGACAAAGACGGCAGCGCAGAGGGAAAACCCUCUCCUGUUGACACCACACGUAGUUACUACAUGUGGUGAGGAUUCAGUAAGGAGGCCCAGCUGCCUCUCCAGCAGCACAAAAAGACACACUUUUGCCAUUUUGGUGCAAAAGUCGGAUACAGUUGCAAAUGUUUUUUUUGUAUCCUCAGCUUUGCUAUUAAGAGGCAGAGUGAUGAAGGACAGGAUUUUUUAUUAGUAUAGCGUAUCGCCUUUGUUUAAUUCUUUCUAUCUCUUGAUUGUUUUGGGCUCUUACAAGAUGACAGCUGUAUUUAGCCUCCAGGUUGUCUUAGUUGCUAUGCUCGUUUCUGUGGUGCGUUUUUGACUCACUUUCGUUUGGGUUAAUAAUACAGCAGCAGGGGCCAGUGGUCUUCUUGCAGCAUUAGUAGAAAUCAGUGUUUCUUUCUCCGUUUUGUAAAACAGGUAAUCUGUUGUGCACUGAUAGAUAAUGGAGUUUGUAUGAACUUCAGCUAAAAGCUGACAGUGGGGUUUAGACUUGUUAACUGUCGACUGAAUUUUAGCAAUUGUGCAGUAAUGUUGUAUCAACUAUUCCUUCGAACUUUUUGAUUUAAACUGCAAGAGAAUAGGAUUUUUAGUUUGCUGAAAAAUGUGAUGUUAAUGCUAGAAAUACAAAUGUUUGUUAAAACAUUUUGAGUCUUUUUACUAAGUUGCACUAGAAACUUUUUGACCCUUUCCCAGUUUACUCACUUAUUUUGCUAGACUUUUUUGCUAAUUGCUUAGUUUAUUAUUUUCACAUGCAAUCUGUAUGCUGAAGAAGUUACAAUAAAUACCUUUUGGUUCUUUUGCAGACA